AUGACGAAGAGUUUGAUCAUUGAAAGGGAAACAAAGCUAAUCUCUGAUACAUCUACACAGGAAAAUAGUACUGAAACUACGAAAUAUGAUGAUAAUAGCUUACCAAUAAAUGCAAUCCUCGUCAAUGGUCACAAAUAUCGCAAAGAAAUCCUUCUCCAAUUCUCAGAUGACUAUUCAACAUACAGAGUGCGUGACGAUAUUCGUCGAGAAUUCACUUUGAAAGUGUUCAAUCACCCAGAAUCUAAAGAAUUUAUAGAAACAAUGAAGAAACUUAGAGGAAAACAAUGUGUAGCCUCUAUUGUUGAAUAUGAAAUUUUACAAGAUAAAAUUUUGAUAAUUUUUGAAUCAGGAAAACCAAUAAAAACACAAGAUAUACAGAAAAACUUGAUCAAAAGAAGACUUAGACAAGUAAUUACUGCAGCUGGAUCAAUUGCUGAAGCGAAUUUAAAUUUUUCAAAUUUACAUUUAAACGAUUUCAUAGAUACAAACGGUGGAUUUAGAUUGAUCCAUUUCGAAUCCACAUACCAGACUCCACCUGACCCAAGUAUUACAACAUUUGCGCCAUUAGUCCCUAUUCUGACAGAAAUUCUUGAAGGAAAGAAAGCAGAUUUGGAUUCUGAAGACAUCUCUAGUAUACAAAAAUCUAUUACGCUUGCUGGAAAAACGGAAAUACAGAAUUUAAAACAAUUAUUAAACUCAGAUACGAUGCGUGAUGGAUUUAGAGUUGUUAUCAACAAAGGAAACAGAUCUGCAACACCAGAUCCUCAUAAUUUGGUUCCUUUCAAGCGAAGAAGACAUCGACAAGUUAUAUUAGAUUAUGAAGAUGAAGAAGAACCUAUUUUAAUCAAGAGAAUAGAACCUGGUGAUGUUCCAUCAUUUACAUAUCUGAUUUUCUUAUCUCUUGGCGUGAUUUUUUCGUUAAUUGAAUCAAUUUAUAUUAAAUUAACAAUUAAGUUAUCAUAUAGCUUCACCUAUUUGAUGGCAAGAACAUCUCUUUUUAUAUGUGCCGUUUGCGGUGCAAUUCUCGCUCUGACGCUUAAAAACUACUCAGUAGAAAAUCCUCCAAUAUCAUUGACCUCUAAACUGAAAAAGUGGUGUCUAUUUCUGAACGGAUAUGUCAUCGUGAUGAUUGGCAUAAAAUCUCUUGAAUUUAAUUAUGAAAUCAUAACAUCAGCAGGAGCUUUCGUUUUGAUGGUUUGGCUACUGUCGUCAUUUAUUAUUGCAUAG